AUGCAGCCUGAAUAUGUCCAGAGUAGGCUGAACUCGCUGGCAGAAGUCGAUAACAAAGUAUGUGGCUUAUUGAAGAUAGCUUCACAGAUUGUAUUCACGUUUAGUGAGCUCAAGAAAGGUAACAGCGAUCUCAAGCCGCAAUUCGAGCAGCAUGUAAAGGACUUUUACACUGAUUUGGAAAGUGCCACCGCCCAGCUGAGACAGGAGAUCAGGCUCCUUGACGAGAAUGUGGGAUCGAGGUUAUUGCCCAUCAAUGUGAAUAAGAAAGCUACCGGACAAGAUGACGAUAAAAUGGCGGAACAAAUAGCCAUUCUUCGAGAGCUCUUGCAUGAGAAGCAGUCAUAUAAUUAG